UGGCGGCAAGGGAUGCGCUAAUUUUCGUGAGAAGUGAAAUGACUGGUGAUCAAUGAUUUUUUGGAAGAUGUCGUCGUUGAAGUUUCUCUCUAACUGUCGAUAUAUCGCGUCACCAUUUACGAAUGUACAAGAUCUUUCCUGGAGGCUGCUUAUGAGGAAAUUCGGUGUACAUCUGUGCUUUACGAAUGCUGUGAAAGCGUUGGACGUAGUACAAGAUGCUGAAAAUACACGAGACAAUUUACUUGGUUUUUCAGCGUUGAGCCAGGAGGAUCGACCAUUGAUUGUUCAGUUGUUUUCAGAAGAACCUGAAAUUUUAGUAAAGGCAGUGAAUGGAUUGGAGGGCCUAUGUGAUGCUGUCGACAUCAGUAACAACUUUACCACUGACGGUUUGAGUGACCUCCCCGUUGACAAACAGCAUGACAAGUGGAGCUCGUGGUUGAGUUGUAUUCAGAGAGUUCACCAAGAGUGUAAAAUGCCUAUUAUGUGCAAGCUUCCUUUUAAUUGGCAAACAACUGACGAAGCAGUUGAGAGGGGUAAAUCACUCCAUAAGGUUGGAUGUGAGCUUUUACUACUCCACAAGCACAGUGCAGAGAAGAUUAAUGCCAGUAUUUCUAAGAAGGACUGGGAUUCAGUCAAAGUAAUCCGAGAGUCUGUUUCCCUUCCAAUAAUUGUUGAUGUUGGUUUAUCCUCUAAAUGGGAAGUCGAUGAAUGUAUAGAGUACACAGGAGUUCAGGGUGUGACUGCUUCAGAGUCUUUGGAAGGUAACCCAUCACUUUUCUGUAAGAAACAGCCUCCAGUGUUAGAUGUGGUCAGGCAGUACUUGGAACUUUGCAAAGUCCAUCCUACAUCCAUUUCCAACAUCAAACAUCAUAUCAAUGGAUUUUGUGGAUUUUAUCUCAGCAGGUUUCAUGAUUUGAGCACCAGCCUUAAAGAGGUACAGAGCUUAGAGGGCAUUGAACAGCUGAUGGAGGAAUUAGGAGAAAAUAUUUCUAAGCUUUCUGGAAAAGAAUUAAAGUCUCUGACAAGCCUGAGAAGGAAGAAGGAGUGGAGAAAGCGAGGACGAGACAGAAAGAAGGAAGAGGGGACAAAAGUUGUAAAAGAGAGAGACGAAAAUCACAUCCCAAAAAUUGUUUUAAAGAAACUUCAGAAAGAGCGAGUGGGAAACGCAAUGAAGUCUGAUGCUCAGAGAGUGGCCAUUGAUUUUACCGUAAUAGACUGUAUGCUUAAUAAGGAAAUAUCCAAACUCGCUGGUCAAUUAAUGCGACUGUAUGGUUGCAAUAUGAAGUCGACGUCUCCAGUUCACCUUUACCUGACGGGACUGGAAACCGGCGGCGUAGUGUACCGUGAAUGUGAAAGACAGUCGUUCGACUUCACUAAGAUAUUGGCGAGCGUGUCAGAGAAAACCUAUUUGACUCUGUUUGACGCUGACGAUGUCGUGUAUUUGACACCAGACUCACCAAAUGUGCUGGAUCAACUUAACAAAGACAAAGUCUACAUCAUUGGCGGACUUGUAGAUCAUCAAGUGCGGAAGGAUAAGACGAAGUCGCUAGCAGAAGAGAAGGGUUUGUGCACAGCGCGGCUGCCUAUCGACAAGUACAUGGAAUUAAAAGACAUUUCGCCCAAGAAGAAAAAGUCCGGAAAGCACGCUUUUUCAAUCGUGCUCAGUGUGAACCAAGUUUUUGAGAUCUUGUUGAAAUUUCACGAGACUCAAGAUUGGCGACAAGCUUUAGGGACUUGCGUACCGCAACGGAAAGGACUGGUGUUGAAGACAUAGGCUGAAUAAAGGUUCCGGAUAGGUCGUUUUAUGACAAUUUAACUUUGGUCAUUUAUACGGAAACGCUUCAAAGACCGCUUCGCGCUGACGUGAUUACGUGAUAGUAAGGAGAACUGAAAUCACGUGGCACAACAAACAGUAUGGCAAGACAUGGAAGGCCAACUUGUUUUUUCAACAAAGCCGAAGCAAAAUAACCAGAGCGCAAAAGUUCAGAAUUACUGUAGGAGUCCUGUUAGAGACUGAAGUUUGGACAGUCUUAGUGGAAGAGAUCAUCAGAGUCAAUUGAAGAGUUGUUUGUUAGUCGAAUGUCAUUAAGUCUUGCUCGUGUACACUGAUGUAUUUCGCAUUAAAACUUGGACUCCUAUGAGUGACUAGCAUCUAAUUCUUCCCAACAUCAUCACAUUAAGGUCACAAAAAUAAAGGAAUGAAUGGAGAACAGUAUGGUGAAUAUGCAUAC